CACGACCAAGAACGAUGCCUGAAAAGCAACAAAGACGCCAAUCUAGCAGUGUACCAAGAAAGGAAGUCGCUAGCGCUAUCCUCGGUGCAUCAGCUGCAUCACACACUCGCUCAAAUGAAACUGGUGAUGUUCCACACGCUAUCCCAUCCGAAUUGGAGGAUCACUAUCAAGGAUUAUGCGAACAACUCACCGUUUCACCUGCUCGCCUCCGUUUGAUCACAAACGCCUUUGUCAAAACACUCAGAAAAGGUUUGGCUGAACCUGGACAGACAGUACCAAUGAUCCCAACUUACGUAUUUGGUUACCCAACUGGUGAAGAAAAGGGUAACUUUAUUGCCUUGGAUUUGGGUGGUACCAACUUACGUGUUUGUCACGUAGAACUCAAGGGAGGCGGUAAAUUCGAAGUCACACAGUCGAAAUACCGUUUGACUGAGGAGCAGAAGCAAGAGGAUGGUCAAUCACUCUUUGACUUCUGUGCACAAUGUCUUAUGACAUUCUUGAAGGACAACUUCCCUAACGGUACACCAGAGGGUAUGGCUUUGGGUUUCACUUUCUCGUACCCAACCCUCCAAGACCGUAUUGAUCAAGGUGUUCUCGUUAGAUGGACUAAAGGUUUCGGUAACAAAGGUGUAGAGGGUAAGGAUGUCACCGAGAUUUUCAACAGAUCCCUCAAGAAGUACGAAUGCCCACUCUCCGUUACAGCUAUCAUCAAUGACACCACCGGUACAAUGAUUGCUUCAAGAUACACCCACCCUAACACCCGCAUUGGUUUGAUUUUGGGUACCGGUUGCAACGCAGCCUUCAUGGACAGAAUGUCAAACAUCACCAAGCUUAAUAUCAACGGAUGUCCAGGCGAUGAGAAGAUGGCCAUUAACUGUGAAUAUGGUGCAUUCGAUUCAUUUGAGCACAAGCACCUCCCACGUACCAAGUACGAUGAGGUCAUCGAUCUUACCUCCAACAAGCCACACGAGCAAGCUUACGAGAAGAUGAUUGCUGGUCUUUACCUCGGUGAAGUUUUCAGAUUAAUCAUUUGUGAAAUGGUCGAUGAGGGUGUCAUUUUCCUCGGUCAAGAAACCUACAAGAUUGAGCAGCCAUUUAUUUUCCAAACUGCGUUCUUAUCAUUGAUGGAAUCAGAUACAACCGAUGAGCAACUCCUCAGCGCAGGUUUAUUCCUUCAUUUCUUCGAUCUCACAACAACUCAAGAAGAGCGUCACUUCUUCAAGAAGCUCGCUGGUUUGAUUGGUUUGCGUGCUGCUAGACUCUCAGCAUGUGGUAUUGCUGCUAUUGUAACCCACAAGGGUAUUGAAGAUGACGGUUGUGAUGUCGCUGUCGAUGGUUCACUUUACGAGAAGUACCCUGGCUACGCUGACAAAAUGCACGCGGCAUUGGUAGAUAUCCUCGGUGAGAGAGGUAGAAAGGUCGUUUCUAGACACGCAGAAGAUGGUUCAGGUGUCGGUUGUGCAAUUAUCGCAGCUAUGACUAAAGCCAGAAAGGACGCAGGAAAGUAUGCAGACUUUUAGGAUGCUUGAUGCAACUAAUGAAUAUUUCACUAUAUAUUGUGCUUUUGUUUUAUGCGAUAGAUUGAAACGUUAAAUUUUAUUUCUUGUUUU